GGGGCGCAACUGGCCCCAGCAGAGCCAGAGGAGGCAGAAGCCGACCAGCCCCUUACCCUGAUCUGCAGCCUGCCCGCCCACGCCACCUCGACCACAUGUAAGAACCUCACUGCAGCCUCCAAACACAAAGACAGAGACACAGGCAAACAACAAACAAACAACAAACAACACAUAGAUGAAUGUGUAUACAAGAAAACUGAGAAACACUUUAAGUAAUUGAAACACACACACACAUACACACACACACAGGUCACCUUGUCUUGAGGCAAGGCCGAUCUGUUCAAAGUAAUCCAGAUGAAAGAAACUCCACAGGGUUUAUAGAUGACGGAUAGAUAGAUAAAUAGAUAGAGAGAGAGAGAGAUGCAGGGUGUGACUCAGCUCUGAGUCAUCUCCCAGCUUUUGAAUUUGAAUGUCACUUCAUCUCUCUGUCCCUCUGUUUCUUUCUUAAUCUAUCUCGUUCUCUCCGUCUCCCUCCAUUGUGUGAGGUUGACAUAAUGUUUUCUCCACUCUGUUUCCUGUUACUGUAGCUGACGGUGGAGCGGGCCUCAUGGUGCUGUCAGAUGUUAAAAACGGUCAGCCCAGUGCCCCAUACCAGUCCAUCCCAGAGCCCAUCUCUACACCCCAGGUGGUCUACAGCCCCCCUGUGCAGCCCCAGACCCAGCUGCACCAGGGGGCCUACCAGAAGCCCACUGCACAGCCUCCCCAAGUGGCCUACUCCUUAGCUACUACCACACAGCUUCAUCAGGGGGCCUACCAGCAACCUAAAGCACAGCUGCACCAGGGGGACUACCAGUCUCCACCUGUACGUUUUCUCACACAAAAUUCCCCAAUGCCUCAAACUCAAAUUUCUAAAUUCAUUAUUCUAAACGUAUUCUCACUGCUAGUCUCAGACAUUCCCUUUCUAUGUCUCUUUAGCUCCUUGUUAACGUUUUGUUUUCGGUAUUAUCUGUCUUUGUAAAGACAAACUGAACUAAAAUAUGUUUUCUUUUGUCCGGUCGAUGCCACCUGAGCAGCGACACUUCAGUGAGCCCUUUGCAUUCCAGAAUGCUCUUCUCUCCCCAGAGAUGACAGGAGAUUCCUUGGUUGGUUGUGGGACCAAUGAGAGUACAGUGUGUUGUGGUGGGACCAAUCAGUGCGCUAGACGUGGAAGCACUUCCUUGAUUGACAUGUGCAGGGCCCACUCCCUCCCUAAACCACUGUGUCGUUCUCCCUGCCACCUCUGUCCCAAACGAGACAAAGUCCCACAUCGGAGCCCAGAGGGUGACAAAAACUCAGAGGAGCAUCCAGCAGCCAAGGUCGCCCCUUUAGACUCCCGUCCCCCUCUGUAUCCUGUCCUCUCCCCUCAGCUGUCCGAGCACCAUCAAUGUUCCUACCAUGACUCAAUCAAUCAAUCAGUCAAUCCCCCUUAUCCUGCCAUCCUGGUUACAAAGCCCAUACGACGCCUCUCUGACCUCCCUCUACCCCACUCCCACUACUGCAGGGCCUGUGUGAGGUUUGACCUUCUACUAAGAACUAGAAUGGAGGCUGGGAGGUCUCUAGCCCACCUUCUCUCACUGCUCAAUCUCCCUCUAAUCACCUCCUCCCUGUCGGCUCCUCCAUCUACCUCACAUCUUGCCCCACCUCUUUCCAUAUUGGUCCACUCCUCCAGUGGAGAUCUCUCCCUGCUCAAGCACUGUCUCAGCCACAUCGUCAGUCGCAGGAGAAGCUCCCCAACACCCCUAGACACCCCGUACCAGCCCAGCCAAAGCUAUGGAGAAGCUAUGGUUCGUAGGACCAGCUCCCCUACUCCCCCAGACAGCGGUGCCUAUUGGCCCGGCCAAAGCCAGCCCACCUCUCCGUUGCCUGAGCAUUCUGACCAGGGCCUGGGUUUGGAAAAGUCCCUGCUUCUAUCAUCAAAUGGUUCAAUGGUAGGUCAGGGAUACUACCGGUUUGAUUGAACUUUGACCCUUCUUAGCCAUUGCCGUAGCAACAGCCCACCUAGUAGCAGCACCUCAGCUUUCUCUUAGCCUCGCGAGCUGCCUGAUCCAGCGAGCUUAGCUUUCUCUGUCCCUCCCAUGAUGACCAAGGGAAACAUUACUUCCCAAUCCCAAAUCAACCCCUGGGGAUGCAACAUUUCCUGUAACUCCCAAAAUUCCCAGGUUUUCCAUAAAUCUUCAUUGGAGGAUUUUCUGUUAUUCCCUCCUGGAAAAUCUUCCAACUGGGAUUUCUGGAAAACCUGGGAAUUUUGGGAAAGUGACUGUAAUUUUCCGACCAUAACACCUACCCUCAAGCGUAACAGUGAUGUUCUAUCUGCUUCUGUUCACUCCUCAGCAGACAGAUAAACACCACAUGGCUGGAUUACUACUUCUUCUUUGGUAUGAUGGAUCAGCUGUGUAGAUUCCCUUACUAUUGCAGCAGCCUCUCCUCAAUUACCUUUAUCCUGCAGUUUCCAGCAACAAUAUCAACCCUGCUCACAAUGAUUCUUCCCUCUUUGCUCCUGUGAAGAAAAAUUCUAUAUGAUGUGUUCUUGAUAAUCUUUGUCAUAAACUGAAAGACAGCCUUUUCCCCCUUUGUGUUCCAGCCCAGUGCAGGGUUGAUCCAGGCCCAGCCCCAGGCUCAGCCAGCCUCUGCUCCAGCCACCCCAGGGCCUACGGUACAUCAGAACGGCCCCACGGCUCCACAGAGCAUCCCAGCUGCUGCCCCUCUCACCACUGUACAGGCACAGACACAGACACAGCCUGCUGUUACUGCCCAGCCCAGCCACGAGGUAAGGAUCUGUUCUGAAUCUAACACUUGGGUGUGAAUGUGAGUGUAACUAUGAGAAGCACUAGUUUGUUGGACUCUCAUUGACAAAAUCCUGACCAUCCAGUCAGAUGCUGUCUGUCCCCAGACUUCUGUUCAAUGAGCAGAGAUGAUAGUGGCUGUGAUGUUUGUUGGUCUCAGCUGUGAGUACAGUACAUUCACACAUUCACGAGCCCUGUGUGUGGAUGUGUGAGUCCAGAGCCUUGUGUAUGUUUAUGUGUGUGUGUCCAGUCAGACCCUGUGACCGAGAGUGUGUGUUCCAGACAGACAGACAGACAGACACGGCUGUUUGGCAACCAGACUUGGUGACAGGACAGGCAGGGUGUAUGAGAGGCAAUAGAUUAUGUUUGUGGAACAGGACAGAUAUAGAUGUUCAAUUAACUUCGUCAUGAUUCUUACUCACCCUGCCUGUUCUUCCCCUCAUCUCUCUCUCUCUCUCCUCUCUCUCUCUCUCUCUCUCUCUCUCUCUCUCUCUCUCUCUCCCUAACACAGUUGUCUGCCAGCCAGCCUCUACCUCAGCAGUGCUCUGACAUCACCACCAGUCUUGCCCAAUCACCUGCCUGCCUGGGCAGCAAUGCUUCUAACCCUCUACAGCAGCCUGCCCAGGCCACGCCCCCUCUCCAGUCACUGCAGAUCAGCACACAGGUGGGCAGUAGAUUUGAUUGAUUUGAUUACUUUUCAGCUCUGUGUUCUCUUUCCUCAGAUCAUCAAUAUGACAUUAGCUGAAUUCUACAUUUUUUUUUACAUUUGAGUCAUUUAGCAGACGCUCUUAUCCAGAGCGACUUACAGUUAGUGAGUGCAUACAUUUUUAUUUAAUUUUUUAUACUGGCCCCCCGUGGGAAUCGAACCCACAACCCUGGCGUUGCAAGCGCCAUGCUCUAGACUGGCACGUAAGCAUUGAUGUCCUCUCGUAGAUAUCAAGUUUGGCAAGCCUGUCAUUGAUGGAUUUCAGCAAGUCAACGUCCAUCUCCGUGAACCUCUCCCCAUGCACGCCCUCUUGCCUGGGGCUGAUUUGUUGCCAUCGGUGAUACUGCUUGGCCAACUUGGCUUUGGCUUGCUCUGCUGAUUGUGUUUGUUGUCUGGGACAGCACUUUAAUCCUCCGAAACCUGCAACAUGUUUCUUUGCGCUUGUAGGUGUCUCUCGUCAAUGAUUUGUUCAAGCUCUUCAAUGGCUUCUGAAGCAUCCAGCGUGUUUGCCAGCAGAGUAAAUAAAAGAAACAAAACAACGGAUGUAUCUUUCCGGAACUAUACAGGCCGUCAGUAGAUACACCCAAUACAAAAAUUUAAUUAAACGAUUGUGUACUCUUGGUUGUUAUAUUUAACUAUUUGCCACAAACAAUUAACUUGUGAUCGCACUACCUGCUCACAGAGGGGUUGUUUCUCCAUAAUGUGUAGAAGUCUCACUUGACAGACUCAUGGCACUUAUGCAAAACAGAUCUAUCAUAUAUAUUUGAUCAUAACUGUAGAGGCACAAUCCAUAAGCAAGUAAUACAUAAUGAGAGUAACAACUAAGAAAAGUGCCCUGGAGGACUGACAGUGAGGGAGGGUAUUUGUGAGUGCACACAUACUGCAAAACCAAUGAAGAAGAGGAACCAGGUGCACUCAAUGGUGAAAAUCGAACGACUUGUUUUGUUAGUUUGUUUUUCUUUUGUUUCAGGUCGAUUGUGUUUGUACUUUGUUUUGUUGCCACUGGGGACACAGAACUUAUGGAUUUGGCCUUUAAGUAAUGGAAAAAGAUCAGGAGUUGUGUUCACUCCUAAUCUAAACGGAUAUCUUUGGACAAACAGAGAGGUUGAAGCUUUGUGUUUAUUACGUUCUCAUUAUGUUGCUCUGUUUAUUUAGCUAUUUCCCAUAAAUUAUUUUUGCCAUACCCUGUCAUGCCAACAGGUGGCACCCCAGGCGGAUGUGAGCCCGUCCCCUACUCCCUGGCUCCUCUGCCUCCUGCCUACCCCCCCACAGCAUUGCCCCCCCCCCCCCCCCCCCGUAACCUGUCCCCCCAGCCCCUAUUACUCCCCUGAACCCUCCCACCCCUUGCACCUCACCCCCAUUUUUUAUUUAGGCUGUGCCCUCCUUGACCACCCUUGGCACCCUCCAGACCCAAUGUCCCAGCUCCAACCACCCCAGCAGAUGCCAGGAAUGGCAGUACCCGUCCCCCUGAUUCCCCAUAUGAUGCCCCAACAGCUGCCCCAGCAGCAGCAGGUCUACACUGCCCCCCCCCCCCCCCCCCGCUCCCUGCCCCCCUCCCUGAGAAACAUGUGGCAGAGCAACCUCUCCAGGUGAAUAUUUCCCCAAAUUACCUAGUUUUCCAAAAAUCCCAGUUGGAAGAUUCACGGAAGUAGGCGAGAAGGAGCAGGAAAUUCGGAACCCUCCGAACAGGAUUUUUGGGAAUUUUGGGAAAGUUUAACACUAGCUCAUGUGAUGCCUGAAACACGACAAACCUCCCUAAUACAUUACAUACAGUGCAUUCGGAAAGUAUUCAGACCACUUCACUUUUCCACAUUUUGUUAUGUUACAGCUUUAUUCUAAAAUUGAUUAAAUCGGUUUUCUUCCUCAUCAAUCUACACACAAUACCCCAUAAUGGAAAAUAUAUAUAUAUAUAUUGAUGAUGAUAUCACAUAUACAUAAGUAUUCAGACCCUUUACUCAGUACUUUGUUGAAGCACCUUUGGCAGUGUUUACAGCCUUGAAUCUUCUUUGGUAUGACUCUACAAGCUUGGCACACCUGUAUUUGGGGAGUUUCUCCCAUUCUUCUCUGCAGAUCCUCUCAAGCUCUGUCAGGUUGGAUGGGGAGCGUCGCUGCACAACUAUUUUCAGGUCUCUCCAGAGAAGGUCGAUCGGGUUCAAGUCCAGGCUCUGGCUGAGCCACUCAAGGACAUUCAGAGACUUGUCCCGAAGCCACUCCUGCAUUGUCUUGGCUGUGUGCUUAGAGUCUUUGUCCUGUUGGAAGGUGAACCUUCGCCCCAGUCUGAGGUCCUGAGCGCUCUGGAGCAGGUUUUCAUCAAGGAUCUCUCUGUACUUUGCUCCGUUCAUCUUUCCCUCGAUCCUGACUAGUCUCCCAGUCCCUGCCGCUGAAAUACAUCCCCACAGCAUGAUGCUACCAACACCAUGCCUUACCGUAGGCUUGGUGCCAGGUUUCCUCCAGACUUGUCGCUUGGCAUUCAGGCCAAAGAGUUGAAUCUUGGUUUCAUCAGACCAGAGAAUCUUGUUUAUCAUGGUCUGAGAGUCUUUAGGUGCCUUUUGGCAAACUCCAAGCGGGCUGUCAUGUGCCUUUUACUGAGGAGUGGCUUCCGCCUGGCCACUCUACCUUAAAGGCCUGAUUGGUGGAGUGCUGCAGAGAUGGUUGUCCUUCUGGAAUGUUCUCCCAUCUCCACAGAGGAACUCUGGAGCUCUGUCAGAGUGACAAUCGUGUUCUUGGUCACCUCCCUGACCAAGACCCUUCUUCCCCGACUCCAAUCAAGUUGUAGAAACAUCUCAAGGAUGAUCAAUGGAAACAGGAUGCACCAGAGCUCAAUUUCGAGUCUCAUAGCAAAGGGUCUGAUUACUUACGUAAAUAAGGUAUUUCUGUUUUUUAUUUUUAAUACAUUUGCAAAAAUUCUAAAAACCUGUUUUCGCUUAUUCAUUGUGGGGUAUUGUGUGUAGAUUGAUGAGGAUUUGUUUUUAUUUAAUCCAUUUUAGAACAAGGAACAAAAUUUGGAAAAAGGUAAGGGGUUUGGCUUUACAUUUUGACUUUAUGUUGGAAUAUGUACAGUAACUGUUUGGAUAAGGACAGUAGCACAGCACAUAACAUACAUUUGGAUGAACAAGUAGGUUGUACAGUGUCUUUAGCAGCAGUGGCAAAGAAGGUUCUGUAGUACCCGAGUCAUUCCUCCUUCCAGGGCCAGUCUGGUGCCCCUCAGGACCCCCAUGGAGAGGCUCAGGUGUCGGCCCCCGCUCCGUUCCACCCCGUCCAGCCUUCCACCCUGUCCCCACCCUGGAGGGCCGAGGUGGUGGACCCCGAAUCUGCUGCUGCAGCCGGGUCUGACCAGACCCUCCCUGAGAGCCCAGCCCGGGCCCCACGCCUGGCUCCGGCUCCAGCUGCAGCCCUGAAGCCCGCUGGCAUCCAGACAGUAGCCCCAGUGCCUGAUGGUGUCAGCCUGUCCACGACUCAGCAUAACCUGGACACUGCAUCUAUGUCCACCUCUUACCAACCUGAGGCCAGCCAAGAGGUAGCUAUGCACCACACAGUUGUACCUACAGUUUCUACAGUAAAUCAAAUCAAAUCAAAUUUUAUUUACCACAUACGCCGAAUACAACAGGUGUAGACAUUACAGUGAAAUGCUUACUUACAAGCCCUUAACCAACAAUGCAUUAAAAAAAAGUGUUAAGUAAAGAAAUAAAAGCAAAUAACUAAAGAGCAGCAGUAAAAUAAAAUAACAGUACAGUACACUCUUACAAUUAGUGGUGACUCGAGGAACCCUGGAGAUCCUCAAGGAACCCCUGGACUUCCUCCUACCCGUUAGAGUAAAUAUAAUCAGCAAUGUUAAUAUGAUUAAUAUUAUAUUAGAACAUAAUGCGCAUAAAUAUUCAAGGAACAUUUUAAUUUGCAGUGUACAAACUCAACAUGAUAAACAGGAAUGACUACGCUAACAAGUGACCAAAAAUUAUUAUCUGAAAGUCACACCUCCAAUAAGCCACGCCUCCAUUCUGAUAGGCUGCAAUAUAUUAUUAAAAAGGUUCAAAAUUGAACCCCUCCCAUCACAAAACACAGGGGUUCCUCGAAUAACCUUUUUCAACUGGAAAGGUUCUGCCAGUGUGGCAACCCAAAAGGUUCUUCCAGGCACCUUGACUUCUAAGAGUAUACAGAUACCACUCAUACUCUACUACAACACACUGCACAGCACAUACUGUUUUCAGCACUCAUACAUGUAUCAGUGCACUCUUGUCUUGUGUGUUGGCUAUGCACUGCCCAUAUUGUAAAUGUAGGCUGCGUCCCAAAUGGCACUCUAUUCCCCACAUAGGCGCUGGUCAAAAAUAGUGCACUAUAUAGGGAAGGAGUAGGGUGGCAUUUGGGACGCAACCAUAAUCUAAUCCCUAUAACAUGUUCUGUGAAUCCAACAACCCCAUUGUUUUGCCCUCAGGAGCCACUACAAGAGAAACCCAUGGUGUUUCACAGUUUUGCAGGCUAUGACAGGUGUGUGGCCAUACCUUCUGACCUUGACUAGUGUAGUUGAAAUGUUCUUCCCCAACAAUGGCUAUAGUGGGGACAUUCGUACAGGGGCGUAGGGGUUUUUCAAAAAUUUUGCCCCGACCUUGAAAAGUAAAAAAAUAAUUGACCGGGGGAAACCCCCAAAAAGGGAUAGUUCAAAAAAAAGACAAGGGGCCCCCCCUUCCCGUCCCCGACUCCUCUUUUUCCCCCGGGGGCCCCUUCUCCCCCCCACCCCUCCCCGGGCCCCCCUUCCCCCUUUUGCGUUCCCCCUUUCCCCCUCUCCCCUUUCCCCUUUUCUUGCCUCUGCUUUUCGCUUCCCUUCUUUGGGGUCGGGGGGCCUCCCCUGGGCCGGCCGCUUUUCCCCCCUCUCGCGCGCGCGCUGGGCUCUCUCGCGCCUUUGGGGGGCCGCUUUCCCCCUCCCCGCUCUCCCCUCGCGGCCCUCCCUCUCUCUCUUUUUUUCCGCCUCCCGCUCCUCUUGCCCUUUGCUCUUGCGCCCCUCCUUCUUUUCCUCCCUUUCCUUUUCUCCUCCUUCCUUUCUCUUUUCUCCUCUCCCUUUUUCUUUUUUUUUUUUUUCUUUCUUGGGGGUCCCUCCCCUUCUCUCUCCUCGCGGGCCUUUUUCCGUCUUUCUUCCUUUUUUUCCCUUUCUCCCUUUUUUCCCCGCCCCCCCUUUUUUUCCCUCCCUCGCCUCUUUUUUCUCUCUUCUCUCCUCUCCUUCUUCUCCCCCUCCCUUUCCUUCUCUUCCCCUUCUCCCGCUCUCCCUUUUUCUCCCUUGGGGCCCCUUUACCACCUCUUUUUGGGUCUCUCUUUUCCCUUCCCUCCUUUUUUCCCUCCCCUUCGUCUCUUUCCCCCCUUCUUUCUCCCUCUUUCCCUCCGGCCCCUCCCCCCCCUCUCCCCACCCCUCCCCCUAAAACCCCCUCUCCCUUGUCUGUCCUCUUCCUCCCUCCUCUCUUUUCUCCUUUUUCCCUUUCCUUCCUUUUUUUCCCGGGCUUUAAAAAAAAUUUUUAAACCCGAUAAAAAAUUUUUCCCCUCCUUCUUUUUUUCCUUUUUCCCCCCUCCCCUUUUUAAAACCACACCCCUUUUCCUUCCCUUUUUACUUUGGGGGGUCUUCCCGUUCUGGGUCAUGCCGGCCCUCGGGAAAAAGGGACGGGAAACCCGAAACCCCACCCCAACGGCCCCAAGCCCCCGAAAAGACCAAAAAGAACCCGAACUCCCAUGGAUCGCCCUCCCAGACAACUCCAAAAUUUUAAACCAAAAGUUUUACCGUUUGAAGCUUUCUUGUCCGGGAACUUUUGAAACAAAAUUUAAAUUAUAUUAAAAACAAAGCUAAUUCCCCAAAACCAUAUUAUACUUUUCAUUCAAGUUUUUUUUUUCCCCCUAGGUGGAACACCAUGAUGGUUUGA